AUGGCGGCAGGACUGCGGGGAAGCUUCUGCUCCCGGCCUGAGUGCGAUCCGGUCGCCGGCUCCAAGUGGGCUCCCCCUCCCGAAGUCGGCCGGUUUAUGGAUACUUUGAAAAACUUGCUUUCGGACCCAGACAGCACCGUGCGUCGAAAGACGACAGAGGUCCUGUACCUGAUGGCGAUGCACAACGUGGGCAGGACCGGGUUCUUAGAGCACGGUGUCAUUCCGGCUCUGGCAAAGCUCCUGAAUGACCCCGUGGACCUUUGCCGGUGGAACAUGCAUUAUGGGCUGAAACUUGUGUCUGAAUUGCCAGCAGGAGCCAUUGGGAUCGUGGAGAGCGGCCUGGUCCCCUCUCUGGUCCUCAAGCUGAAGACCGAGUUGGAGGACAUUCAGGAGCUGAUCCUGGAGACGCUGGCCGGCUGCCUGCGCGUGGAGGCCUUCGAGGCCUUGGCCUCGGGCGCCGUCGGCAUCCUGAAAGAGAAGCUGUGCCAUCCUUUGGUGGCCAUCCGAAGCAAGGCCGCCCAGGCCCUGAUGGCCAUCAGCGUCCCCUUGGAGGGCAAGAACAUGGUCCUGCAAGAAGACGUUUUCUCCGAUCUUGUCUUCCUCUUGGAAGACGAAGAUGCAGAGGUUCGAGCCAACGCGGCAGGGGCUCUGAUGUUUGCAGCCGUCACCACACCAGGGAAAUAUGCCGCCAUCAACGCGGACGCCAUCAAUACGCUUCUGCCGCUGAUCAACGAUGACAAGAGCAAAGUCCGCCUGUACGCCAUCAAGGCGCUGACCAUGUUGGCCGAAGCCCCUGAAGGCCGCCGGGCCCUCCUGCCCCAGGUCCAAGAUUUCCGGGAGCGGAUGAACGACUCCAGUCCGGCCGUGAAGAGGGCCGCCCAAAUUGCAGUGGAGGUCAUUGAGUGGAAACCUUAGGAAGCCCCUAAACCAAUCAAGAAGCUGAUGUGGCUGUUGUUUCUGUGAUCAAUAAAGCUUAGAGUCACCCCCAUCUCUCUCUCUCUCUCUCUCUCUCGUGCCUUGGGGGCUGAUCUUUGCAACAGGGGGAAGAGGUGAUUGGCUCCUUGUAUAUAUCACAAAAUAUAAGUAGACCCAACCCUUAUCUCGGUCCAAAGUGUGAAGAAACUGAGAAAUUGGGGGAACAUGGAAUAUGGAAUCCACCUUUAAACAAUUCAGACUUCUUUGCAGGUGCCUGAGAAAGGCAGACCAGGAAUUUGGCGGCUAGCCUCUGCCCAGUAAGAAGAAAAUAAUAACCCCCUGCAGUUUAUUUAUGGCUUAGUUUACCUCUCAGGAGAUGCUAUGCUCAGUUGCUAUCCUGUAGUGCCAUGCCUGGGUAGAUGCACUUGGUGUGUGCUUCAGAACUCUGCUGAUCCUGGAUUCCCUUAGCUUUGCCUCAAAUCGUUUCCCCCCCAAGUGCAUUUUGUAACCUAUAUGAAUUUUGAGGGGAACUUUUGCCUUUUUAUUAUGUUCAAUAAAAUAUAAAAA